UGAUAACGAUGACAGAGAUGGGUCCUGACCAGGUGGACAACGGUGGUGGUGGUGGCGUUCCGGUGGUGCCGUACACGAAUGGCGCGGUGCACCACCCAACCGACGAGCAGAUUAUGGAGGGGAUGCUGCAACAGCGGUACCUGCACGCGAAAAAGCUUGACCGAGACUAUUCGCAUCUGUUCAGGAGCAAAAGCACCGUGCAGCUGAUACGGCUGUCGGCGGUCAUCGUGGGCAUCGAGUUCCUGUAUGCGGCCGAGACGGCGUUCGUAACGCCGAUCCUGCUCGGGAUCGGCCUCUCGCACACCUUCAUGACGAUGAUCUGGGCGUUCUCGCCGGUGCUGGGGUUCUUUUGUGCGCCGAUGAUCGCGUCCCUGAGCGACACCAUCCGGUUGCAGUGGGGCCGGCGUCGGCCGGUGCUGGUGGGUCUGGGCGUCGCCAUGAUGGUCGGGCUGUGGAUCCUGCCGCAGGGCCGCGCGAUCGGCGUGUUCUUCGGCGACCCGGACGUGCCGGUCGACCAGAUGCAAGGCUUCCGGUGGGCCAUCCCCGUCACGAUCGUCGGCUUGGUGCUGACCGACUUCGACGCGGAAACGAGCAACGGGAUUGCGCGCGCCUACUUCAUGGACAUGUGUACCCCGAACGAUCAGGCGCGCGUGCUUACGACGGCGAUGUUCAUCGGUGGGCUCGGCGGCACGGCCGGCUACGUUCUGGGGGCCAUCGACUGGAGCCGGACGAACCUGAGCGUUCUCGGCAGCAACGAGGCGACCGUGUUCGUGAUGGUGUUUUGCGUGGUCGCCAUUGGGCUGCUGGUCACCGUCACGAGCUACCGUGAGGUGCCGCUGCCGUUGCUGGAGAGCGAUCCGCUGCUGCAACCGAUCAGCGCCAGCGCGUUCGAGACCGAGAAGGCCCGCCAGCUGGCGGUAUACAGCAUCUCCCGGGACGUCACGGUUUCCCCGGUGAAGCAGCAGCACCCCGACGGGUUGCCAGCGCUGGACGGCGAGCUCACCGACCGGCCGCUGCAACUGCGGGACUUCCUGCGCAACAUCGUCCGCAUGCCGCGCAGUCUGUUCAUCCUGUACGCGACACAGUUCUUCUCGCAGCUCGGCUACCUCAGUUACUGUCUGUACUUUACCGACUUUGUCGGCGCGGAAGUGUUCGGGGGCGAUGCGGCCGCCCCGGUUGGCUCGCCAGAGUUGGCUCUCUACGAGGAGGGCGUCCGCUACGGGUGCUGGGGAAUGGCCGUAUUUGCCGUCUGCAGCGCCUCCUACUCGAUCGUCAUCGAGCGGCUCAUCCAGCGAUUCGGUGGGCGACCGGUGUACAUGGGUGGCCUGCUCCUGUUCAGCCUCGGCAUGCUGCUGAUGGGGCUUUUCCGCGAGAAGUUCGUCAUCUUCAUCGCCUGCCCAACCGUGGGUAUUAUGUACGCGACGAUGUACUCCAUUCCGUAUCUGCUAGUUUCGCACUAUCACAGCAAGAAUUCGUUUGCGAUGAAGGACGGCAAGUGUGUCAAGAACACCACCAAACGGGGCUUCGGAGCGGAUGUAUCGCUCAUGAGCAACAUGCUGUUCCUGGCUCAGCUCAUCAUCUCGUUGGCCAUCGGCAGCAUAAUCGAUGCGGUCGAAUCAAACGUGGUGGUCAUCUUCUCGGCCAGCAUCUUCUCCCUGAUCGCCGCCCUGUCGGCGUCGCAGGUACUGUACAUGGAGCUGUGA